AUGUCCACCUGCUCUGUCGCGGCCGCUGCUCCAGCGCAUCAAUCAAUCUUUGGCCAACCUCACUGUCCAUUGCCCCAGCAGUCAGCGACGGCGCACUCUCGCACCUACAAAGUCGGGCCCAUCAACCCCAAAGCACAAGCCCAACCGCCGCCAAUACAGAUGCAGAUGCAGACGCAGACGCAGCCGCAACCACAACCACAACCACAAAUGCAGCACCAAGCGAGAACGAAACCUGCCGAGCUCGCCCUCUCUACCCAAACAUCCCUUCCCGCCCUGCCCAAACCACCUCGUCGAGUCAUGGCCGGCCUGCUGAGCAUCGCCCCCGAGUUGCGCGAUCUCAUCCUUGAGGAGGUCCUCCGACUGCCCGAGCGGGAGGCGCCUGUAGACCCGUCCGCCAGUCAGGACCGAAAGCGUCGCAAGUACCGCGACGACAUGCGUUGCUCUGAUGGCCACGACAUAUGGGUGAAGGACAAAAGCUUCUUGGCCGCCGCUCAAGAGACGCCGGCCAUAAUGCUGGUUAACCGGCAGUUGCACGCCGAGGCAGCAGCGGUGAUUGCCCCGGACGAAGACGCACUAUCGGCUCGACGUCAUUUUCGAAUUUUCGAUCCUCCCGCAGAUGUCAACGAAGACUGGCGCAAUCCUCGACAGUUUCUUGGUGGCGACGGCGGACCCGCCAUGAUUGUUUGGAAUUUUUUCGCCCUGAUGAAGGAUUAUCUCCUGCAUGGUCCCACGGCUUUCGAGAGUCUCGUUGCCACCAAGAACUCUUUUUCGGUGAAGACGCUUAUUCUCGAUAUUCUGCCGCCGCCGCCUGGGACCAAGGACGACAACCUUGGGUUUCCUUCUGGCUCGGCUCAGGGGUCGCGCCUCGAGCGCUUCGUCGCCUCGCGAAUGGCAAGUCAUCGUUGGCCGAUCCCACCAGAAGGUCUGGAGCACACAAUGCCCGCGGAGAAGCUGGCCAUGUUCAUUGCUGGCAAACUGAGCAGCCUGCUGUCUCGGCACGAGGAUUACGGCGCACCAGUCUUCCACAGGGUCGGAAGCAUCGAUAUUCGCGUCGGCGGGGAGACGAGGCGGCUUUUCGAUCUUGACGAACUGCUCGACAUGAUUCCGACACGACCCAUCAAGGGCAAAACGCCUGAGGAGACACUAAAACAGCAGAAAACCAUUGACGACUGGAAAGCCACAAUGUCCAAAAAGAGGAAGACCUGGGGCUAG